GAGCUGCGCGCGCGGCUGCCGCGGCUCCAGGAGCUGGCGGAGCUUCGGGAGGCGCGGAGGCUGCUGCGGCAGCAGCUGGGAGGCGCGGAGGCCCUGAAACUGGAGCUGAUGAAUGCAGGCUUCGUAGACAAUGCAGGAUUUUUGACCACGGAGGAAAAACCUUUCAACGUCCUCGCGCGCGCUGCUGGGGGGCUUUUGAAGCAGCCGGACAUGGAGUCUGAACAAGAGGCCUUGGGAACUUUCAAAGAGAAAUUCUUGAUCUGCCGUAAUCGCCCUGAGAACGAUCUGCAAUGGGAUUCCAAGGACGUUCGAUGGAGCGGCAAGGCCUCCAUGUCUCGACGCCAUCGUUUUCUCACCACCAAGGACUUGCACUGGCAGUGGUUUAAUCCUUUGGUCUUCGGUAUGGCCGCAGAGUUGGGUGAAGGUUGCACUCCUGCGGAAGCGCUGAAGGAAGUGGAGGAGAUGAAAGCUGCAGCCAUGAGAUAUGUGGAGCACAGCCCUGGCUGGUCGAAGGAGGUGGGACUCUUUGUCAACAUCUUCGGGCACAACAAUGUGAAUUCGCUGUUCAUCCACAUCAUCGAUCUGUCCGAGGUCGGCCCCAGCUACAAGGCGCAGCAACAUAAGAACUGCCCCCUGGACGCGGUCGUGAAGCUGUUGCAGGAGGAGGCGCAGGAGACUUCGCUUCAGCGCAUUUCCGUGGUGGACCGCUCUGCCGCCACGAAGAGCUCCGCGCGACUUGCGGAUCUCAGGGGUGGAUUCCGAGGGACAGGCGGGGCCACCAGUUUGAAGGAGGAACUCGUGGAGCGGGUCCCCGUGCUCAGGGACGCCGGAGCCUUUCGCGAGGCGCGACGCAUCCUGCGCGAGGACUACGGCGGCUGCGCGUCCCUGAAGGCGGAACUGAGCUUCGCGGGCUUCAUCGAUGAAGCGGGGAAGCUGACCACGGGCACCAAGCCUUUCAACCUCUUCGCGCGCAUCGCCAGCGGGGAAAUGCAGCAGCCAGGCAUGGAGGACGAACAGGCGGCAUUGCAAAGCUAUGGAGAGCGCUUUGUGGUCUGCAAAAAUCGCCCGGAGAACGAUGAACAUUGGGACUCAGAGGAGCCGGAAUGGUUGGGCAAAGCCUCGAUGGCGGCGAGACAUCGAUUUUUGACGACCAAGGAUCUUCGAUGGAGCUUUUUCAACGCACUGACCCUAGGCAUGACGGACGAGUCCGAUCUCCGCGCCGCGUUGUCAGAGGCCAUCCAGCUGCUGGAGGACCUUCGCAGUGCAGCGGUGACCUACGUGGGUGGCAGGCGACAACAGGGCUGGUCUGAACAGCUAGGGCUCUACUUCCACGUCUUUGGGCACAACUCGGUGAACUCUUUGCACCUUCACAUGGUGGACAUGAAAGCAGUUGGGCCCACUUUUCGGAAACUGGAGUACAAGAACUGCCCUCUCAAUGCGAUCCUGAAGGUCCUGCAGGAAGAGAUGGCCCAGCUCCAAUCGCUGCCUCGCGGCCUAGAUCAAAUCGAGGCGUCAGCGGAACUGUUGGAAUUGAACGUGGGGGGUGAGCUGCUGGCCAUUUCCGAGCAAUGCUUCUUGAGUUGGAACCCAGAGGUCUUGGAAGGCCUGAAAGCGAAGCCGCGCGAUGGACAAGGUCACAUUUUUUUGGACCUCCCAGCAGCUCCGGUGAAAGUUCUCCUGGACGCUUUGCGCAUGCGACAGCUGCGACAGCAACAAGGCAAGACGCUGCAGCUGAGGUGUGUAGUUGAUGAGGACCUGCGCACGGUGGCAAAGGUCCUGGGUUUUUCCAUCUCUGGCCCUACACAGUGGCAGCCAGUGGCCGUGGCCGUGGCCGGUGCAGCUUUGGCGACCUUCGUAGCCUUGCGACGGAAGCAGUGAGACAAGUGACUUGUGGUGGAUAGGUGCAGAGACUGGGCUGCGCGGAUGGCGACACGGCGACAUGGCGGUGACCAAGCGAUGGGAGAACGUGCUGAAGCGACGCGACGAGCAUCUGGUGGCGAUGCGGCGAUGCGGCGAUGCGAAGUGUCACGGUCUCACCAAAAGAAGGCAACGCAGUGGUGCAGUCAUGGGAGCGGUGGGAAACCAUGGGCAACCAUGGCAACCAAAGGAACCAUGGAGGCGGAGAUGGAAUGUGCAGGGAAAGAUGC